AUGCAGGAUGACGACCAGGUAAACGUGCCAGUGGCCGAUGAGCCGCAGGCCGAAGCCGAACAGUCUGCGGCUGAACCCGUCGAGACGGACGAAGCCAAAACAGGCGAAGAGGCAACAGAGCAGCCCGAAGGCGACGACGCAGCGGGCGAAGAUGGUGAAGAGCACGACGGCGAAAAGCGCAAGAAACGGUCAGGCGUUGACCGGCUCAAGCGCCGCAUCGCUGAACUGACCGCAGAACUGGAAAUGUCGCGCAGUCGUGGGCCUGUUCCCGCUGACAGUGAGGCGAUCAGGCGAGCGGUUGAAGCGGAAAUCGGCACUCCGCCCGAUCAGAACGACUUUGACGACUACUUUGCGUAUGAGCGCGCACUGACGGCGUAUGAAGUCGAGCGACGGCUUGCUGAGAAGGACGCGAAGAAGCAAGCGGCCACGCAUCAAGCGCAGAUGACGGCUGCACAGCAGAUCGCCCUGGAAGAUUUCCGCGAGCGCGAGUCAGAGACGGCCAAGGCCAUCCCGGACUAUGCGCAAACGAUGGCGUCAGCCGGCAACAUGCCAGCGUCAGAUGCCGUUACCCGGCUUGUUGUCGAGUCCGAUAAGGGGCCGUUGCUCAAGUACCAUCUCGCGAAGAAUCCCGGCGACCUACAGCGUCUGAACGCUAUGGAUCCGCUGUCUGCCGCGCGCGCUAUCGGCCAGCUUGAGGCCCGACUGAGCCUGCCAACCGCAAACCGCAAUUCAAAGGCUCCGCCACCCACUGCCCCGAUCAAGGGCGGUGCUGGCCCUGCGUCUGAGAAAGCGAAACUCGAUGCGUGGCUCAGGAAACAGUACGGCGGCAGAGCGGAGAACUGA